UAGACCACGGUGUAGCGGACUAGUGUGCUAGCUAAGCAUCAUCUAACUUUGCCAACUUCAAUGUAACAUCUUUCCAGCUUCUCUCGGUAACGGUGGUUGUACGCAGGAAUCUUCGUCACAAUGAGUAUACUCGCCAAAAUAGCAGAGAUUGAAAAUGAGAUGGCCAGGACGCAGAGGAACAAGGCCACAGCUCACCACUUGGGUCUGCUCAAAGCACGUCUUGCCAAACUCAGAAGGGAACUCAUCACACCAAAAGGAGGAAGUGGUGGUGCAACAGGAGAAGGUUUUGAUGUUGCAAAAACCGGUGAUGCUCGUAUCGGUUUUGUUGGUUUUCCGUCAGUGGGAAAGUCAACACUGCUAAGUAACCUUGCAGGUGUGUACUCAGAGGUUGCCGCCUACGAGUUCACCACUCUUACAACGGUACCUGGAGUCAUUCGCUACAAAGGAGCCAAAAUUCAGCUGCUGGAUCUCCCAGGAAUCAUUGAGGGUGCCAAGGAUGGCAAGGGCAGAGGGAGACAGGUCAUCGCAGUGGCUCGAACUUGCAACCUAAUCCUAAUAGUGCUCGAUGUGUUGAAGCCCCUCGGUCAUAAGAAGCUGAUAGAACACGAGCUGGAGGGCUUCGGCAUCCGACUUAACAAGCAGCCACCCAACAUCGGCUUCAAGAAGAAGGACAAAGGAGGCAUCAACUUCACAGCUACAUGUGCACAAUCUGAGCUGGAUGCUGAAACUGUUAAGAGUAUCCUGGCAGAGUACAAGAUCCACAACGCCGACAUCACUCUGCGCAGUGACUCCACAGCUGAUGACCUCAUUGAUGUGGUGGAGGGAAAUCGGGUCUACAUCCCAUGCAUUUAUGUGCUCAACAAAAUCGAUCAGAUCUCCAUCGAGGAGCUUGACAUCAUCUACAAGGUGCCCCACUGUGUACCCAUCUCGGCCCACCACCGCUGGAAUUUCGAUGACCUACUGGAGAGGAUGUGGGACUACCUAAAGCUUGUGCGCAUCUACACUAAACCCAAAGGCCAGCUUCCUGAUUACACAUCUCCCGUUGUGCUCCCUGACGAUAAAACUACAGUCGAGGAUUUCUGCUUAAAGAUCCACAAAAACCUCCUCAAAGAAUUGAAGUAUGCGCUUGUGUGGGGAGCAUCUGUGAAACACAACCCUCAAAAAGUGGGCAAGGACCACGUGUUGGUGGAUGAAGACGUUAUCCAGCUGGUGAAAAAGUAAAAGGAGUCUUCACUGCAUGGCCUGUGUAUCACAAAGUGUUCUGUACAGUUGCUCAGCAAAUCACCAGACACAUCCUUGUUAGAGCAUCUGUGUCGUAUGGUUCCCAGUUCCUUUUUCUGCUCUAAUUUAAAAACAAAAAUGACCUGAAUGUAAGUGUCACAUUUAAGAGAACCUACAAUACUUAACACAAUGAAUAGUUCAUAUUGAAUAUUGGUUAAGGUUUGCAUUAAAAUCUGAAAAAUCUAUACAAUAAAAACAUUAAGGAA